GCUCGAGCCUCGAGCCUCCGCCCCCCUGGCCGCCCGCGGUUGGCGGAGGGGGGGGGGAGCCGUGGGGGCGGCCGUGGGCCGGCCCCGCAUGGCGGAGGCCGCCUGGCGCUACGCCCUCGUGGCGUGCUGGGUGGGGGCCAUCCUGGUCUGCCUGGUGGCCGGCGAGGGCGCCCGGGGCGGGCUGCAGCUGGCCGCGCGCCGCGUCUCCGCCGCGGCCAAGGCCUCGCCCGCCGGCCACGGGGGCGCGCUCGCGGCCUGCCUGGGGCUGCUGGCGGCGUGCCUGCUGCCCUUCGGGCUGGCCUCGGGCUUCCUGCGGCCGGGGUGGCCGGCCUCGGCGCGGCAGGCGCUCGCCCUCGGUGCCACGACCUUCGUGCUGCCUGGCGUGGUGGAGGAGCUGCUCUUCAGGGUCCUCCCGCUGCCGGGGCCGACCGAGGCCUUCGACUGGGUCAAGGUGUCGGUCAUCCUCUUCGUCUUCACCUUCGCGUACCACAUGGACGCGGGCCACGCGCGGCAGAAGGCGGUGUUCGACGACUGGCGCUUCCUCAGCAUGGCCCUCAUGGUCGGCGCGGCGUGCACCUUUGUCUACGUCCGGAGCGGCUCCCUGUGGCUCGCCGCCGCGGUCCACUGGCUCCCGGUCUGGCUGUGGCUCGCCUUCUUCGGGGGCGCCUCCCUGCUUGCGGAGGCGGAGGCGGGCGAGGGCGGGCCCCAGCCGCGCUGGGAGCAGAUGUGA